AGAAAGACAGUCCCCCCCUUCGCCCGCGCACUCGAUCGACAUGGAGACCUUGCCGCCAGUACCCGCUCGUGGAUGGAACUCCCUCUUCGACCGUCUCUUCGGCGGUCGCCGGCGCCGGCGCCCUGCUCUCCCGCUCCCUGUCCACAGUUCCGUCGAUCUUUCUCUCCGGAAUUUUUACAACAAGCCCAUUGGCUGUGUCAUCUUGGAGGAAAUUAUGCAACGCAGGCUGUCCUAUUUGCGCGGUAUUGAGGAAGAUUUGAAGUAUUGGAAGUCCAAGGCCCGGGGUUCAUAUUCACAGACAAUGUAUUUCAUGAUAUUUCAAAGAGGUCCAAGUGCUUUUGCUGAAGCAACAUGCCCACGUCUGACUAGACUUGGGAACGACAACGGAGGUCCGUCGCAGGGCCUUUUAAAGUCUGCAUAUAAUAUUAUCUCAACAAACAUGGAUGUCCUGAUGAGUAUCAAGCGCUGCUUGGCUGCUUUUCUUGCCGAGGUUUAUCAGCAAGCAGAUAUAUGCAAAGAAGGAUUAACUGGAAGUCAUUGCGAUUCGCUAUAUACACUAAUUAUCAUUUUGAACCAUGUCUUUCCCAAGUUGGAGGAAUUGCAUAGAAUUGCGGGUGGGGUAUGUAUUGCUUUCUAUAAGUAUAUUUGGAUACUUAAAGUAUGUUAUAUUUCUUUCUUUGAUGCAAUAAUUAAUUAG